GAUCGAUUCAUGCGAUUCAAGAGAUCCUUUGCAUCGUCAACCGUCGACAGAACGAAGUUUUAUACAGCUUUUGCGCUUGGCUGAUCCUGUCACCUCAGGUUUUUGAAAAGGUCACGAUGUCAGCUCUCUCGACCGCCGCUAGCGUGACUCAGCCUGGAUGUUGCCAAUCGUCCUUGGUACUACAAACCAAACUAGCCCAGACUCCUAUAUGCCCGAUCUGCUUUGACCCUCUGGUAGUCGCCGAUGAGGAAUUUUCGAAUGUCAAGGAUGUAGUUGUCUGGAAGAGAUGCGGGCAUCUCUUUCACAAGGAAUGCUUGGAGAGCACUUUCGGCCGUCUUCCGCGAACCAGUGAACACAGCAGACGAUGGAUCGGUCCUGAUGACGAGAGCGACGGCACGGAGGACUAUUGCCAGGAUCCAAAACUUCGAUGCCCUCGAUGUCCGAAAUGUCACCAACUCGAUCAAUCCUGCGAAGUCCCGACACUGCGUAAACCUUACUGUAACCCAAUCAGAUUAGUCUACCUCGAUACGGAUAUUCUAGGCCAGGAUGAAGUAGUCCCUCUCAAUGUCGCCGUUCCUGGAGGCGCAGUUCAGAAACUCAACCUUGCGCACACUUCGCAUCGACUUGGAAUAGCAUUGAAGGAUUUACAAGAUAGGUUCGAAGACAUGGAAGAGGAGGAGGAACUCAUCGGCACGGACAUCGUGGAGCAAGCAGAAAACACUAGGGAGCUGCUUGUAAAGCAUAUUACUAAGAUGCUUAGGCAAAGGGCGAAUUCGGCUUUAGAGGAACAGCUUAUGUCGCUCUCUGAUACGGUCUAUGACCUCGACCUCACUAUCGAUGCGAUCGCUCAUCAGUCGUAUCAAUGGAUCAUCGCUCGUGACGCGAUAGACGAGUUGGAGCUUGAGAAGCAGGAACUCAAGCGGAACCUACUUUCAGCCCAAGCACACGCUUCAACAGAAGAAGGUCAACUCUGCCAGCUAAGAAAGGUAGUACAAGAACAGGAGGCGAAAAUCAAGAAUAGAGACGGCUUGAUCACGGCUCUAGAGAAGCAGGUCCAGGUCCUCCAGAGCAGAAAAUCUAUAUCUUGCUCCGACCGCUUGCUACAGGAACGCAACGAGAAGAACUCGUCAAGAACGCUCCCUCUGGGUGCUUUGCGAAGCAAUACUUUCAGCGCCGACGAAAAUGACAAGGUUGAUAGCAAUGUUUCUUCUCAAGAUCUACGGUCUACAAAGCGCCCUGCGUACAGCCAUCAUAGGGAGGAUGACGACAAGGAUGAGAAUCGCGGCAAGAAUACCAGAGGUCAUAUCGCGAGAUGCUAUUCUCAUGAUGAUCGCGUCUUGUACACUGUUCCACGUUCUGAUAAACAAUCGAACUCGCGUGGCGUAGCAGAGCAGAUCGGGCUGAAGAGAAAAGCCUCAGAUGCGCUAAGCGGAGGGUCCAGCAAACGCAGCGAAGGCCCGAGCAGCCGCAAUGCCUAGGUCUUUCGAUCCCGUAUACGAAAUUCAAUUCCAAAGUAUCCAUCCUUCCAGGUAGUCUAUCUCUCGUAGUUGUAACACCUCUCUGAAGAAGGUCGAGCCCCUUAUGUCUGAUCGAG